AUGGUUAGUGUUACCACUAAAUCUAAUCAGAGAUCAUCGAAUACGCCAUACGAGGAACUGGUGAACCAGUGUCCGUGCUGCACUAAUAUCCGCGGAAGUUUCCAAGACGUUGAUCUUAUCCGCGGCAAAUAUGCACCUCAAACACACAACAAUUUAAAUAACAACAGCAUUGCAACAGCACCGGUCCCAACACAGGUUGUGGCUAGACCCAGAGCCUCAUCACAAACAUCCUCGUCAGACUCGUCGGAUGUCUCUCUAUUCUCUUGCAAUGAAGAAGAAGAGGGUGGAUCAUCUACAACUUCACCAAUUUUGGGAUUAAGGCCAAAGUCAGCGCCAAAAACCAAACCUACAUCUUCAUCAUUAUCAUCAUAUCCUUCAUCAUCCAAGUCAACAUCACAAUCACCACCUCCUCCACCACCAGCUGCAGCAACAACAACAACAACAACAACAACAACGGCAGCAGCAGCAGCAGCAGCAGCGCCUUGUUUGCCAUUUUCUCAAACUCCAAAGCACAGACAACUUUGGCAUCCAAAGUCUACCCCUAUAUUAUCGGUUACAUCGCCCUUAAAUGAAUCGGCAAUUCAUACUAAUACACAUCGCAAUCAUAGGAUAAGCAAGGGUCAAGCAACAUCAACUGAUUAUGUACCUCCAAUAAAAUACAGCAAUACAGGCAACACCAAUAAUUAUAAUAAUAAUAUCAAUUAUAAUAAUAAUCAUCAUAAUAAUAAUUAUAAUAACAACAACAACAACAACAAUAAUAAUAAUAAUAAUUGUGUGGACAAAUGCGUCAAGGAUGCCUGCAUAAUGGAUGUCAAUCAAAUCAUGUCCCAUGUUGACAAUUAUAACUCAUAUCAGGACAGCCAAGACUUUUUACAGUUGAUUGAACCGAAUCCUGUCUCACCUCCUUCAUACGACACGUUGCCACCGGGCGGGUGUCCCAAGUUUCCCGUAUUGCAACCAUUAACCACCUUUAGCUGUGUUUCAUCAUUUUUAACACACCAAACUAGUAAUGCACAAUUAAAACUACAACCGAUUCAAGCAUCGCUACCUGUCGACUCGCAACAACAACUGCACCAACAACUGCACCAACCACUGCACCAACCACUGCAACAUCACGACUACUUCCACCAGCCAACAUCAUUACCACCCAAAUAUAAGCCAAGCAUUUACAAAAUAGGGGUAGUUUCUAGGAAGUUGGAGUGGGUCAACCCCUACGAACUUUCCUCAAAUAGGAGCUGGAAAAAUUAUAUAGUUGAGUUAAACUCAACCCAGUUAAAUUUUUACAACAUUCCAAACCAUUUGGAGUCGCAUAUUCUAGGCUUUAGUGCAGGUGUUGAUCCAAGAAACAACUAUGCCAAUGACGAGGUUAUAGAUUCCAUAUUCACUUCUCAGUACGAUCAGCAAUUAUACAGCUUUGCCAAGAAUGCAGGAUUACUAGAUUGCAAUACAGGCACACAAACACCUACCAACACCAACACCAGCAGCAGCAGCAGCAAAAAGAGAACUUUGGUCAGAUCUUACUCUUUGCAGCAUGCCAGAAUCGGUUUGGCCUCCGACUACAAAAAGAAAGUCAAUGUUCUUAGACUUCGUCUUGAAAAUGAACAAAUCUUAUUGAAUUUUGCUACUACACAAGACUUGAUUGACUGGAACAUGCUGAUCAAUGUAGGAAAGGAUGUCGCUGUGGAUAUAAAUGAGAGAGAGCUUCCGAAGUAUAGAACUGUUCCCAGAAGAAGGAGAAGAAACAGAAACGGAGACAGAAACGGAAAUAGAAAUAGAAAUAGAAACAGACAUGGCCAUGGUCACAGCCAUGGAAAUGGAAACAGAAGAGAAGACGAAUAUGGCGAUACCAGUUUGCGCAUUGAAAUUAAUCUGGCUAGGUUGAGAUCUUUUUCUGACCCAAGUAAGUUGAGAGGUACCUUGAGCAAAUUGAAGCUCAAGAUAUCGUCUAGUAAAUCCAAAGGAGCAAAUAAUGCUGCGUUUGGUGUUAAUGGAAGAGGUUCUUCAAGUUAUUCGGGACCCUCUGGUGGAUCUCAGAGUAUUGCAAUUCGUUCGGAAGCUGAUUAUGCAGGCGCUAGAGGAUAUAGUGAUAUUACGCAUAAUAUGUCACUCCCUCAUGCCAACAGAAGAGCUGAUUUUCAGAUCAAUCAAAGUGACGAAGAACUGCGAUUGGGUAGAAAUUCGGGUGUUAACAACAACGAUGAAUAUUACGAUGAUGAUGAUGAGGAGGAGGAGGAGGAGGAUGACGACGAUGACGAAGAAUUUAACGAAGUUUUGAGGAGAUCAAGAAUGGAAGUAUCCGGAUUAAACACAAGCAAUGAAAGCAGAACUGGUGUCGAAGUUGGCAAUCAAGAUGUUGAUGUUAUUGAAGACGAUGAAGAAGAAGAUGACGACGACGACGAUGACGACGAUGACGAUUUGCAGAACAUAUCCGAUGUUCCUCUUUCCGAUGAUGAGGAAGACGAAGAGUACGAUGAAGGAGAAGUGAGCAAUGGUGGCAGCAGCAGCAGCAACAAUAGCAGUAGCAGUAGCUCAAGAAACUGUGAAGCAGGCGGAAAUAUAAGAGGCUCUACAAUUAAUCGAACACAUCGCCGUAGUCUGAGUGCUCAACGAGACUACAAGUGGAAUCCAAUGUCUGACAAAGCUUUCAAUAAGAAAAAGUAUUAUAGAAAUUGUUUGCGCUGCAUAAAGCCAUUGACCAUGGAUGACACGUGGGUGAGCAGGUCUUUGGUGAAGCCAACCACCUUGUCACCUUUGAACAUGGCAUAUUUGAGAGUUGUUAAAUACGCAGGACCAAAUGGUGAGCUUUUAUCGAACUCGUCGUCGUGUUCUAGUUUGGUCUCGUUGAGCAAGAGAAAUGGAGGAUCCCUUUUCAAGGAAAGCAGUGGCAUUAUGUUACCCGAUACUGCUCUUACGAGAAUACCAAAUCAUUUCCUAAAGGAAUAUUUAGUUGGAAGUCAUGGUUUAGUUCCCCGAGAAAUUAUGUAA